AUGGUUGAACCACUUGCAAAACGUGCCCGUCGUGUCGACAGCUCUACGAUGUGGGAUUUGAAUGAUGACCGGAUACCUGAAGGGAACUCGGAAUUAGACAGAAGCCCAAGGAGAGAUGAUGGGCGACGCGAUGGCCCGCGCGACGACCGGCGAUACCGCUCCCGUUCAAGAGAUCGAAGAGAAAGACGACGAGAGAGGAGCAGAUCAAGGGACCGACGUGAUCGCGAUCGCGACAGGAGGGAUCGGGAUAGAGACGGUCGGGGAGCACGAGACAGGGAGAGGAGCGUUAGCAGAGACAGAUACGAGAGACGAGGAUACCAAUCAAAAGGAGAGAGACUACGUGAUCGCUCCCGCUCGCCCCGGAAGAACACCAGAGACCGAUCUAGGACGCCGCCUCGAGGACCCAGGACGGACCGUUGGCACGAUCGAAGAGAUCCUCGGUCACAACGGGAUAGGACACCAGCUUCCCACAAGCCGUCGAAGGACGAGAUGGACAUGGACGUCGAUGAGGUGGCCGACGGGGACGAUCUCGAUGAUGUUAUGCGCAAAUACAUGGGCUUCAGCCGAUUCAGGAGUACGAAGAACACCAAGGUUCCCGGAAACGACAUUUAUGGCGUGCGGAAAGAGAAGAAGACAGAGUACAGACAGUACAUGAACCGUUCAGGGGGUUUCAAUCGGCCGCUCAGCCCUUGA